AACAUAAAAUUGUUGAAUUAGGUUAUUGCUACUGCGCAUGUGUGAUCAUAUGACCAGGAUAGCUGUUUAGGAGCGCAGGAAUGCGAGCAUGAACUAGAACGCAACAGUUUGUUUUAUAAAUCACACUUCUUAAUCUGAUUAAUUUUUGUGUGUGCGAACUAGGGUGGCCACGAACGUGAAAGUUUAUAAAUUGAUCUUAAAGCUGUUAACUCUGCAUCAUGCAUUUAGAAUUAUACACAUAACUUCAUACAGGGCAGACGAAAAGAACAUAUUUAAUUGACUUUGACAAUGUCAGAUAUUAUGGAAUUAGAGGUUAGAUGAAUCAAAAUAUAAAUAUUUUUAUAGAAAAAUUAAUAACACAAAAUGCAAAACGAAAAACGAUUACGUUUCAGAUCGACAUCAAAAGUUCUUUUUAAUUCAGAUAGUAAAAUAGAGGAUAUGAUUAAACAUGAAAAGUGUAACAGCGAGGAAUCCAAUCACAGAACAAAGAUGUUUAGUCUUUGGACGUUUCUGAAUGUAGAAUUAACUAGAGAUUAUCAGUUAGAUAAUUCAGAAGAAAGAUUUUCUCUUAGAAGAGAGAAAAUUUAUUCUUUUAUGAAAAUUCCAAAAGAAGUAGAGAGGUUUAUGUUUUAUGGUUAUAUGCAAUGCGCAGAUGCCUUUUUAUUUGUAUACACGUUUCUACCAAUGAGGGUCAUGUUGGCUUUAUGGGCUUUAGUAACUAGACCUUUUUGUAAAUGUUUUGGAUUUGGUAGAAAACCAAAUAAGUGUAUAUUAACUCCAGCUGAAAUCUGUGAUCUUCUAAAGGCUUUGAUACUUUUAGUUUGUAGUAUAAUAAUGAUGUAUUUAGACACAAAUAUGAUGUAUCAUUUAAUUAAGAGUCAAUCAGUCAUAAAGUUGUACAUGUUUUUCAAUAUGUUGGAAAUUGGCGAUCGUUUAUUUUCAUCGUUUGGGCAAGAUGCGAUAGAUUCGUUAUUUUGGACUGCUACGGAACCAAGGGGGAGGAAAAGAGAACAUUUGGGAACAAUACCUCAUUUAUUAUUCGCCAUUAUAUAUGUUGUUCUUCAUGGUGUUUUGGUGUUAUUUCAAGCAACAACAAUAAAUGUAGCAAUUAAUUCAAGAAACAAAGCUUUAUUAACAAUAAUGAUGUCAAAUAACUUUGUCGAAUUAAAAGGAAGCGUAUUUAAAAAAUUUAACAAUAACAAUCUCUUCCAAGUAUCUUGCAGCGAUGUACGCGAACGAUUCCAUUUGUGUACUCUACUUUUCAUUGUGAUACUCCAAACUAUGCGAGAAUACUCCUGGAAAUCCGAACGGUUCUGGGUGAUGUUACCGGAUUGUCUUUGCAUACUUCUAGCCGAGAUGUUUGUAGAUUGGAUAAAACACGCUUUCAUCACUAGAUUUAAUGAAUUAAAUUUGGACGUGUACCGAGAUUACACUACUAGUUUAGCUUACGAUGUAGCACAAACUAGACAGAAACAUGCGUUUUCUGAUCACUGUGAUUUAGUAGCGAGACGAAUGGGAUUCAUACCUCUACCGUUAGGGGUUGUUACAAUCAGAGUAUUGAUGCAUUGCGUUAAAAUCGAAGAUUUAGGGUCUGUUAUCAUAUUAAUAUUAGUAUUUUUAUUUCUAACUACUUUGAAGGUGUUAAAUAGUCUUUUGAUAUUAGCUAGAGCUUGUUAUUUGAUCAGACAACAUAAAAUGGAUAAAACUUUGAAUUCCCCGAAUAAUAAUAGAUGUAGUAGUCCUUUACCGUCUCGAACCAGAACUGACACGGCUACCAGUCCUUUACAUCCUAUAAUAGACCAACCCAGGUCUAAUAAAGUAUCUCAAGAUUUAGAUGAGAAAAUUGAUAAUGUAAAGAUCAAUCCUCCAUCGAUUCCUAAGGAUUUAGGUCCUGCUGCUAUUUUUGCAAAUAGUAACGUGGAUUUAAAAAACGCAACACUAAACGAAGAAUUACUAAAAGUCGAAGGGGAAGAUAUUAAAAUUGAACCUGUAGCCGAAGACGUUAGAAGAAGCGUUCCGAAUAUAAUAUCCAAGCUACCGGAGAGUAAUAUUCCUCAGGAAGGUGUUACCGAAGAUAAUUUGAAGAGAUCAGAGUCUGAGCCUAAUUUAAAUAAAACAGAGAGUGAGAGUUAAUUUAUUAUGUAUUUUUGUACCAAAAUAAUUGAAUAAAUGUUGAUUUUUU